AUGGCCGUCAUCAAUGGUGGCAGUGUGCCAGCAGACGCCCUCGAUGCAGAUGAAUACAACCCAAUUGACCAUCUCAACGCCCUCUUCUCGCAUCCCUCUACGCUGUCCUCGCUAUCUGACGUCUCGAGUCAGCUCCAGACCUACCAAACCUCCCUCGACACCUCGAUAGCAACUCGCUCUCGGCUCGCUGCCCAGACAACCUCGGACAGCGUCCGACGUAUCCAAGAUGCUAAAUGCGAGCUGGCCGCGCUGUUCGCCAAAAUUGACGGCGUGCGCGAACGAGCCUUGGAGACGGAGAGGACCAUCACCGACAUGACGGCGGACAUCAAGCGCCUGGACAGCACGAAGCGCAACCUGACCCUAUCCAUGACGGCCUUGAAGCGACUGCAGAUGCUCACCACUGCUUAUGAGCAGCUGCGAGGGUUAGCAGAGACGAGGCAGUACAGAGAGUGUGCACAUCUGCUCCAGGCUGUGAUCCAGCUCAUGGCACACUUCAAGAGCUACAGGAGCAUCGAUCAGAUUGCGACGCUGUCGAAGAACGUCAGCGAGGUACAGAGAGAGUUGCUGGAGCAGGUGUGCGAGGACUUUGAGGUCACAUUCGCACGGGGCGAGGUGCAGCAGAAGAGGAGCAUGCUGAACGAGGCCUGUCAGGUCAUGAGCGCGCUCGGGGACAAUGCUCGGGCGAGGCUCGUCACUUGGUAUUGCAACACGCAGCUGCGAGAGUAUCGCCAGGUGUUCCGUGGGAACGAUGAGGCGGGAAGUCUCGACAACAUCGCCAGGCGCUAUUCGUGGUUCAAUCGCAUGCUCAAGACAUAUGAUGCUGAGCAUGCUGCACUUUUCCCGCGAGAGUGGAAGGUCAAUGAGAUGCUGGCAAAUGCAUACUGUGAGAAUACACGGGACGACUACAAAGACAUUCUCAAAAAGAGUAUGCGCAGGGCAGACGGGCAGCCACCAGAUGUGAAUUUGCUUCUGUCAUGUUUACAAGAGACAUUGGAUUUCGAGCAUAGUCUCGAGAAGAGAUUCUCCUCUGGCGAAUCGAGGUCAAGUAUGGACACCGUUACCUCCGGGUUAGACGGUGACAGGAGGCCCGGAUUCAGUCAAGCUAUAUCGGAAGCGUUCGAGCCGUACCUCAGUGUCUGGGUUGAGUCGCAGGACAAGCAGCUGGCCUCGCUGAUCCCCAAGUAUCGCCAACAGCAGAUCCGGCCGCCAGAAGAGGAGUUUCAUGCCCAGCUUGUCAUUCCUUCGUCUACCGAGCUCUUUCAUCACUAUCGUGUCACUUUGGCACAGUGCGCGAAGCUUUCAACUGGUGCUCGUCUUGCAGAGCUCUCCGCCACGUUUGGCAAAUACCUCGACCAGUAUGCGCAACAGGUACUGUUGUUCUUCUUCUCUGAGAAGACCGGCGGACCGAGUGUAGAAGAUGCAGUCAUCAUCCUCAACACGGCAGACUACUGCUACACUACCACCAAUCAGCUCGAGGAAAAGAUCAAGUCUCGCAUUGAUGAAGAGUUGCGUGAUAAGGUCGAUCUGCAAGCACAAGCAGAUACAUUCAUGGGCGUUGCAUCUGCGGCUGUGCGCGCGUUGGUGCACAAAGCGGAAAUUGACUGCGAGCCGGCGUGGAGAGAGAUGCGAUCAAUACCCUGGGGCAAAAUGGACAGCGUUGGCGAUCAGAGCAGUUACAUAUCCUCACUUCUCUCUCGGCUGAGGGAUUGCAGCAAGGAUAUUCUACGUUAUCUGCACAAGCCACAGUAUGCCCGAGCCUACUGCGACAACCUGGUUGAUGCCCUCACCACGACAUAUAUUACCAAUAUCGUCGCUUGCAGGCCUGUGUCAGAGACUGGCUCAGAACAGAUGCUUCUUGACACAUACGUGUUCAAAAAGGGGCUAGCUGAGCUCGCAACACUGAACGCGGACACUGGCACACCCAUCAACCAGGCGUUCGUCAAGCGUGUGAACCAGAGCACAGCGAAGCUUGACCCUAUACUGAAGACGUUACAAGUCCGCACGUCGCCACCCGAAGGUCUAGUACAAGCGUAUCUGAUUCACAUUCGAGACCGUUCCGAAGCCAAUUUCCGCAAGAUGCUCGAACUAAAGGGCAUCACGCGCAAGCAAGAGCAGAGUCACCUGGUUGAGCUGUUUAACGCUCACAAAGCCAGUCCCGCAAACGACAGCUUGCAACCCAGCAACCCGCUCAUCACAGCAUUGCAGCUCACUAACCAAUCUGCACCUACGAGUGCAGGUCUGAAUCUAGCUUCACUCAAGGAUAAUGCCAUUGCCAACUCAACGCCUUCGCUGCCAGCACGAUUCGACCCUUCAAACUUUGGAAGUGCACUGAUGAAUGCUGCGCGUGAUGCUGGAGAUCGUUUCUCGUCGCCAAAUGCUGCCAUACACCGUGACGGUACCACUUCAACCAGUAUUGGGAGCCGCACAACAUCACCGCCCGGAGGUCUGGGAAGAACGAGUAUGGAUGCGGAUAGUACAGCUACUACCUUGAACGAGAACUUGAGGAACAUCGGUCGGUUCUUCAAGAAGGAUGGAGCGGGUUUCAGUGGCUUUGGCAGAUGA